AUGAACAAGGUCAUGGAAUGGGCGGGGAAGCCUAAUGUAGCAGAUUUCCUGCCAUUUCUGAAAUGGCUCGACCCAAUGAGGAUCAAGAGGAAUAUGGUGCGGGACAUGGGAGAAUGCAUGAAGAUUAUCUCUGGGGUUGUAAAGGAGAGGGUUGAAGAAAAGCAGUCAGGAAGAGAGAAGAUGGGAAAAGACUUAUUGGAUGUGUUGAUGGAGUACGAAGGUGAUGAAAAAGAGGGACUUGGCAAGAUUUCAGAGAGGAAUGUGAUCAUCAUCAUCCUGGUAACCCCUUUUGAAAUUGAAAGGGAGUUUACUCCUCUCGGCAUAAAUGCUUGCUCGUUGUUGGGUCCAUCAAAUGGACAGGUCAUUAAAGUGCUGCACAAAGCUUUUGAGAAUGAAUCUAACGGGAAUACUAUUGUCAUGGAGGUUACCCCAAAUGGAGUUGCUACUGUGGUGGCAGGAUGCUCUGUUCCAAGUGAUGUUUAUGUUGUUGAGUGGUCUGCUGAUAUUUCUGUGGAAAUACCCACCGCAAAAUCUAGUUCCCUUGGUAUGGCCCUUGAUAAUUCAGAGGGUACCCGGUGUAACGAGGCAGAGCCAAGUAACCUUGCGGAGCUAAUGCGUGAAAAUGAGUUGCUAAGGACGAUGGUUGAGACCAAUAGGAAGUUUGAUCAAGGGGUUUUGAACCAUUGA